AUGUGGUUUCUAUUGUUGUUCAUUUCUGCUAAAUUUAUUUUUGGCCAAGGUCAAAUUAGCCAGACAUCAACUCGCUUCAUCGCAAAUUGUGACCAGGCGCCAACAGUAGCGAUUCGCACCACGUGUUUAAGUCUUCAAAGAAUAGCGAACAAUUCGAGGAGAAAUUUAGAACAACAGGCCGAAGUCAUAAUUCAUUCGCCUGGUAUCCCGGAACAUUUGAGACCUGGUACAGUGAUGCCAGGUUCAAGAGGUCAAGUUGCAAGCAAUCCAUAUGAUUGCAUGACGCUUACUUGUCUCUGCCCUUAUUUCUCGGGUGGUAUCGACCCACAGAAUCAAUGCAUACUAAGAAAUGGCCAAAUUGUAGCAAUGGCAUAUCGUAAGGAAUACCGCACGCUUACCGAAAAUGAGCGAUUACGGUAUCACAAUGCUCUUAAUUUGUUGAAACGAACUGGAGAGUACGAUCGACUUAGCAGGGAACAUCAAACAGUUGCAGCAACAGGCGGUGCACAUUCUGGACCUGGCUUCCUACCAUGGCACCGUGAAUAUAUCAAAAGAUUUGAGAUUGCGCUCCGACUUAUUGAUCCAUCGAUUUCCGUACCGUAUUGGGAUUCCGUGCUGGAUAGUUAUUUGCCCGAUCCAAGGGAUUCCAUUUUCUUCAGUCCACUUUUCAUGGGUGAAACUGAUUUCUUCGGCAAUGUCAUUAAUGGCCCAUUUGCAUAUUGGAAUACGCUUGACGGACGAAAUGCUAUAAUGAGAAAUCUUGGCCAAGAAGGACAACUUUUCACUGAAUGGAGUAUACAACAAGUAACGCAGCAAAAUUCUAUUGAAAAUAUUAUGUCGUAUACUGCACCAACGCAAGGUUGUCCAUAUCCCAUAAAUUAUGGUGCACUGGAAUAUUCACAUUCUAAUGUCCACCUUUGGGUAGGUGGUCACAUGAAACCACCAGAACAAUCAUCCAAUGAUCCGAUAUUCUUUUCUCAUCAUGCAUUUGUUGAUUUCAUUUGGGAACUGUGGCGACAAAAUGUUCAGCCAAUGUGGGCUCGAGAAUUGAGUUAUCCACCAGACAUAGCAGCAUGUGCCGAUCCACAACAUUUUAGUUAUGCAUUAAUGCGCCCGUUUUUCACUCUUUACAAUCGAGAUGGUUUAUCGAAUAUGUAUACAGAUCAAAUGUAUCGAUAUGCGUUACGUCCCGGUUGUACGGCGGAGAUACCAACUUGCGGUACACCAUACCUGUUUUGCGAUACCCGUGGCAUUCCUCACUGUGUUUCUAAAGUUAAGUUAUAUGGUCUUUGUAUCGGCUUUGAAGGUUUUGAUGCUUGCUUCAACGGAAUUUGUCAAAUGGGACGAUGUGUACCAGGUCCAACACCAGCGCCUUUUGUACCACAAACACGUCUUCCCGAAGUGCAACGGAUUGGAAUUCCGCAAAUACAAAUUCAACGGCAAUUUGUGGAUUGCUUCAAUCGACAUCCAUGCUGUGAAACUUGGGCUAAUAUCGGUGAAUGUCGCCAAAAUCGCAAUUACAUGCGACGAUACUGUCAAGCUGCAUAAUGUGUCGAUCGUCACAUUGCCUGUGGGCAAUGGAGUAUCAGUGGUUUGUGUCGGGGAGAUUCGGAUCAGUUUAUGGAGGAAAACUGUCGUCAAUCAUGUGGCUUUUGUAAUACUCUCAAAAACACUUCAUGUCCAGUUCCAAUAUCGGUUCGUUCACGAGCUCAAGCUUCUCUAACUAAUUCAAUGGUACGACCAUCUCCAAUCAGUGGUUCAUCACAAUUGCAACCAUCAAAGAAAGAUGAGCUAAUUAACUUAUGA